AUGUCCGCCGCCGAAUCUGCUAGCCAACCGUCCACUCCUGCCGUAAAGAUUUAUAUCACGAAAUCUGAAGCGGAGGAUUGGGAUCGCCACAAGAUCAUGGCAUGGCUUGCCCAAACUUGCGCUCCAGACGUCUACAUCUCGCCGAGCAAGAGAGAUUGGCGUUUACACUGGCUGUACCGUCAUGUUAUUUUACCAGCUUGGAAACGGCGUCAACCGACGGUGGAAAUAAAAACCAAGGUGGUCGUGCCGGGACAAGACUCGUCCAUACAGGUUCAUUUUUGGUCGGCUCUCGCGUGGAUUAUCUCCAUCGACUUCAGCGCUCGAGCUCCUCGAUCUCUCGAGAUAUUGAGCGCGAGAAGUCUACUGCGUCUAUACGCCAGAUGGUGUCUGGCAUUCCGCCGGCACUGGAAAUACCUUGACCAUGUCAGGUAUCACGCGCCGAGUGUCAUGCACGCGGUAUGGUACAAGGACGGCCGUCCUGAGCUCAUGAUUAACUGGGACUGCAUACACCAUGACCACCCUAUCACACGCAAACGGCGUGCCUGUCUCGAUAUGGCGUCUGGCCUGGUCAAGUCUGUCCCUCAUGGAAAGCAUGAAGGAUCCACUUCCUGGAACCACGACGAGUCAUCAGCGUGUUUCUUCGCACGGCAGUGGAAAACGUGCGAAGUCCUACAAUCAACAUCGAUGAAGCUUGAUGUCGUUGAAAUGUCUCGCGGCGCUGUGGCAGCUACGCUGGAUACCUGCGUUCUCUGCGACAAAUGCAGGGUUCAGAUGGAACAAGCCGAGGUUCAGGAAGCUGCUCAAACUCCAGCGGAUGAAACUCUUCCGUCCUACGGACAGGCUGAUGGAGGGAGCCCGCCAGAAAUAGUCGCGAGCGGUGUGCGCAUACGUCCUCAAUGGCUCUUCGAUUUCGGAUUCCGGAUGUUGUUCGUCCAAAUCGGGCGUGCAGCUCCAGAUCCCGACAACUUCGAUCACGCCCAAGAUCAGGCUGACUUCGCCGACCUCGUCGAAACGCUUGGAAUUGAUUCCAGCCCCAUACCGCUGCGAAUGGUCACAUACAUCCCUGAAGGACCAACACCUGCCGAGCCUGAUUCGCCCUCGUUCGAUCCGCCUGCAUACUCGUUAUCACCUCCCAAGAUGCCUGAACACGAAUAUCUGGCAUUAUGGCCCAAUUUCGAUGAAUAUUCGCCCCGUGCCCGAGCACCUUCGUCCCACAAGCAGGAGCGCACCCGGUCUAAGAACGUAGACAAUAAGCCGCUCUACCCAGGAGCUCCAUCAUACAUAUCACCGGACCCUCCCAUGCAAGAACCAGUCUCCCAAGCGCAAGCUCAGGCCAGUAAUGGACCCGGGAAACCGAUCUAUCCGGGAGGGCCAACGUCUAUUGCGCCGAAUCCGCCGCGGCUUCUACCGGAUAGUCUUGCUCAUAAUCGUCGCCUCAAAAUUUGA